UAAUAGAAGAAACGAAAGCCCACAUGCUGAUGUCUUUACAAAGCAAGCUCUACAGUGCUCUACAAAGCAAGCUCUACAGUGCUCUACAGUCGAUCUCGAGAAGAAGAAGAAGAAGAAAAAAAAAAAAGAAUGGGGCUAUGGGCAUGCAUUGGAGUGAUAUCGCCAUUUCCAUUUUACUACUUUCUCUGGAAUAACCCUCAAAGAUGGGUCGAUCUGUGUGGGCCCCGCCGUGACCCGACCCGAAUCAUGGCACUCGUUUCGCAUCUUCUCAAAAUUGUCCAGUUUAUAUCACUCUUUUCCGUCGCCAAGCUUUCUUGGCCGCCUCCUUUCUAUUUCUUCCCUCUCUUCCUUUUCGGCCAAUUUCUCAAUUUCAGGGUCUAUCAGCUGCUGGGCGAGUCUGGAACUUACUAUGGUGUUCGUUUUGGGAAAACCAUCCCUUGGGUAACUGAAUUUCCGUUUGGAGUAAUUAAGGAUCCUCAGUACGUCGGGAGCAUUUUGUGUCUUGUUGCAUGUCUUAAUUGGGUGCCACUUUUGUACAUUGUCCUGUGGAUUCUUGGCUAUGUGUUUAUGAUAAAGGUGGAGUCCAAGGAAGACCCAUCAACUCGUGCAAAACCACUCUGUUGAGUUAAGCGGCAGACGAACUCGAUAUAUCGGAGUUUGGUUCUCUAGCACAAUUUUCUGAUGUAUGCGACUUCCAAUUUUGUCUGUUGUAACAAAACAAAACGGUUUUGUGUGAUUCUCCUGCUAAUAAAUGAGCUUUGGACUGUAAUCCUCGUUGGUAGAGAUUCUUUUGGCAUGCUGUGGGAACCAAGUUCUGCUGGAAUGGGAUAGCUGAAAGUUGAAGAAGGGGCCUUAUUAUUUAUAUAGACACAAAUCACAUUUAACCUCCAUCAUUCUAAUACUCAGAGUUGGCGACUAAAUUCUGCAGGGCUAAUGCUCAAUUUAAACUCAUUAUCAUUUGUAGUUUGUGUGAACUUUAUAAGCAUAACAGGCCCCAACCCACUUUCAAUGGAUCUUGCUAAAUGUUGUCAUUUGUUGUAGGGCUAUUGAUACUUACACCACAUGAAUUGAUAAAUUCGCUUCCCUUUCAAAUUUUUUC